AUGGCGUUCAAACCUACUCGAAUCCAGCGCCUUAGCGCUGUGAUUGGCAUCUCAAUGUGCUUUUUUAUCGCCGAGAUAUCUGUCGGCUUCUACACACAUUCGUUGGCCCUAGUGGCGGACGCUUUCCACUACCUAAAUGACCUAGUUGGAUUUAUCAUUGCCCUUAUUGCUGCAAUUGUUGCCGAAAAACACAACCCUCCAAAAUCGUUCACAUACGGAUGGCAACGGGCCCAGUUGCUAGGUGCCUUCUUCAACGGCGUCUUACUUUUUGGUCUGGGCAUUAGUGUCUUUCUACAAUCAAUUGAACGGUUUAUCUCACUGGAGCGUAUUGAGCAACCAAAAUUAGUUUUGAUUUUGGGCUGCGUUGGCUUCGGUUUGAAUAUAAUCAGCGUUCUAUUCCUGCAUGAUCAUGACCACGCUCACGGCCAUGAUCAUGGCCAUGGAGACAAUCACGAAGACAGCCACGAUCACAGCCACAGCCAUGACCAUCAUCAUGCUGAGCAUGGUAGUGAUCAUUCUGCUUCCAUUGCUCUGGCGAAUGAAAAGCAUCUCUCCCACAAGCAUCAUGUGAAUCUCUCGGUCAACUCCAAGGGCUCUCAUCGCGACCUUGCCAUGAUGGGCGUGCUAAUACACGUAAUGGGCGACGCUGGUAACAAUCUAGGCGUCAUCAUCGCAGCCCUAGUAAUCUGGCUCACCCACUACAGUGGAAGAUUCUACGCCGAUCCAGCCGUCAGUAUGGGAAUUGCUAUUAUGAUUUUCGCAUCAUCUAUCCCCCUGAUAAAACGGGCCGGCGUCAUUCUACUUCAAAGUGCCCCCGACAGCCUCGAAGUUGACGAUGUGACGCAUGACAUUGAACAGAUUCCUGGCGUCCUCGCCAUCCAUGAGCUGCAUAUUUGGCGGUUGAAUCAAUCCAAGGCAUUGGCAUCAGCACAUAUUGUGUUAUCGGAUGAUAAAAACCUUGACUUUGGUAGGAUCGCACAAACGAUAAACGAGUGUUUCCAUGCAUAUGGAAUUCACUCCGCUACACUCCAACCGGAAUUAGUAUCAACCGGACAAGAUUCUACCCAAGCGCCGUUGGAAGGUGGCACAGUUCGAGUGACAAUCGGUCAGUCUGAGCAGGAGGGAGGAAGAAAGUCAAGUCCAGGGGGCUUGGUCACAAAAUGUCAACUUCAUUGUGGCACGUCGUGUGGUGACCUCGCCUGUUGUCGAUAG